CGGAUUAACCCUCUAAUUACUCACCGAUGUUCCAAUGCAAUCCUUUCAGGUUCUCAGCAGCUGCUUCCACAGAAGAUCUCCAUCGGCCUUUCUCCCUCUAAAAAUGUUAUCAUCAUCUCCCUCAUCAAACCCUAACCCUAAUUCUAACUCAACCUCACUUUACACAACCACAGCCCUAAACCCUAAACCUCAAACCCCAAAAAAUCUUGUCCCUCUUUUCACCAAUCCAGAAAUUCCUCAAAUCAAUUCUAGAAACUUAUUUCCAAGCUCCAACGGCUUUUCGUCUUGCGUAGCGAGUAACCGUGUUUCGGUACCUGGAGUUGAAGAAUCAGGAAACGAUGACGAGGCUCAACAGCUUGUGGUGGUGUCGUUUUAUAAGUUUGCUGAUUUUCCUGAUCAUGCUGAAUUGCGGAAACCGUUGAAAGAGUUAUGUGAAAAGCUGUACAUUUCAGGUGGCAUAAUUCUUGCACCAGAGGGAAUUAAUGGCAGCAUAUGUGGUAUCCGGAAAUCAGUUGAAGAAGUUCUUGAUUACAUUCAGUCGGAUGAUCGGUUAAAGGGUCUUCGACAAAUAGAGUCACCUGUAAGUCCUGAAGAAGAGGCUAUUCAUCAUGGUCAUACAAGCAGUUCUCCACUUGCAGCAGGGGAAGAUGCGCCAUUCAGAUGGGACCAUGUGAGAGUAAAACUUAAAAAAGAGAUAGUUUCCCUUGGAAUGCCGUCUGUAUCACCUAAUGAGAGAGUCGGGACUUAUGUUACCCCAAAUGAGUGGAAUUCUUUAAUCAGUGAUCCGGAUACUGUUGUCAUUGAUGUGCGCAACGACUAUGAAACCAGAAUCGGAAAGUUUAAAGGGGCUGUUGAUCCACAUACCACAGCUUUCAGGGAAUUCCCAUUAUGGGUGGAUGAUGAAUUUCAAGUUUCUCCGUCAGAUGCCCAAGUAGAAUGCAGAGGCUCUUCUGACGAAGCCAAAAAACAAAACGAGGAGGGACACAAGUCUCCAGCUCGUGUUGCAAUGUAUUGUACUGGUGGGAUUCGGUGUGAAAAAGCCUCAAGUUUCCUACUCAGCAAAGGGUUUAAAGAGGUCUACCAUCUACAAGGUGGGAUACUUAAAUACUUGGAGGAAGUUCCCAAAAGUGAGUCUCUUUGGGAGGGCGAGUGCUUUGUGUUUGACAAGCGAGUCUCAGUUAAGCACGGGUUGGUGCCUGGAAACUUUAAGCUUUGCUAUGGCUGCAAGAAACCCGUGAGUGAUGCUGAUAUGGAAUCAACAGAAUGGGAAUAUGGGGUUACUUGCCCCUACUGUUACGCUUCUAAAUCUGAGGAAGAAAAGGAGAGAGCUAGAGCACGACAAAGGCAAUUUGAAGAAUGGGGUGUGAUUGGUGGACCUGACAAAGGUAGACCAGCUAAAACAACCAAUACCAAAAACAGUGGUGACGCCCAAAUGUCAAGGUCUAUGUGAGGACCGAGGACAAUCGUCAACCAUGUCGACAAAGAUUACAUCAAUUGUGGUAACUAACCUGUACUCUUUUGUUCAAGUGUCUUUUAAAAAGAAAAAGAAAUAUUUGUCAAUUUUGGCACAUUAUAAUGAUUUAGAAAGCAUUUCUUUUGUCAUAGGCUUUAGACCCUUAAGGUUGAUUAGGGUUGACUACCGCUGGAACACAUUCAGUAAUUUGAAGGUUAAGUUCAUAUGGCUUGUGCUUUAUGUUUAAAAUAUGAAUAUUUCAUGAAUUUAUCAAA